AUGAUGUUCCAGGUUAAAAACAUCUGUUUCACCUCAUUGCUGGCCACCUUUGUUAUUGGUAGCGCUCCUGUCAAGACCAACUCGCCAACCGACGUCAAGUAUGUCGCUAGGUUUGAGAACAAAAUUGAGGGAUCGAUCGAAUUUUCGUCCCCCAACGGUUCUGUAUUGGUCAAUGUGAACCUUUCUGGCCUGCCUGCAAGCGGCGGGCCUUUCCCUUACCACAUCCAUCUGCUGCCAGUCCCAGCGGACGGUAACUGUACAGGAGCCGGAGGCCAUUUAAACCCCUACAACGGCAGCGAGGCAGCAACAGCUUCAGCUGACAAAGAAGUCGGCGAUCUUUCAGGGAAACACGGCAGAAUUACAGACCAAUCUUUCACUACCUCAUACAUCGAGCAGUAUAUUUCUUUGAAUGAGACCGAUCUAGCAUUCAUCGGAAACUUGUCAGUGGUUGUCCAUUUUAGCAACUCUAGCAGACUAGCUUGUGCUAACAUCACCAAGGUGACCACAUUAAUUGGCUCCAGUGAAACGUCCAGCACUCUUUUAACUGCAAAUGGUGGUAAAAUCAACACAAGCGGGUCCACAGUGUUUCAGUGA